AUGAGCAACCACUUCCUUUUGAACAGAUACUUCGUACACACAAUAUAUGAGCGAGAGGUUUGGAUUGAUGCAAAGAGGAACGGGAGUCACUAUGAGCAAGACCGGAGUGCACUUAAGCGGAAAGAAUGGGAGAGAAGAAACCAGGAAGUCCAGCAAGAUGAAGAUCUCUUUGCUUCAGGUUUUAACCUCUUUGGGGAACCCUACAAGACAAAUAAAGGCGAUGCCCUUGCAAACCGUGUCCAGAACACAUUGGGAAAUUAUGAUGAGAUGAAGGACCUGUUAACUAACCAUUCCAACCAGAGCCAUCUUGUAGGAAUCCCAAAGAAUUCUGUCCCACAGACGCCCAUUGACAAAAAUGAACAGAACUUUUUCCCAGAACCAAGAAACAGGAUGAUCCCAUCUCAUCAGAUCAGUGGUCACUCAUCAACAUCAAUGCCUCCGCCUUCUUCAUUGUCAUCUAAUUCUACUUUGCUACACAGUCACCAGAGCAGCAGGAAGUCGAGGACAGACUGGUCACGUGGUGGUCACAACUCUAGUGGGGCCCAGCCAAGCCAGUCCAGUAGUCAGCAGAGUCGGACAAAGCAUAGCUCUUCUCAUGACCAGCCACAGGGCAGGUAUGAAGACCUCUAUAAUUGUCAGAGUGAGCAGCAUAAAAGUGGAGGAACUGAGGAAGCAAAUUCUAUGCCAGCAUCUUCACAUUCGAGGAGGCAUACUCAUUCAAAGUCAGCAGCUGGAGAACAUACUUACAAAGAAAACAGUCAUUCGAAGUCACCCACAGAGCUUGAGUUUGUAGGUCAUGGUCCUGGAUCUCCACUUCCUUCCACAUCUUUGUUAUCUGCGAACAACAGUCUUUCGACCCAGAAUUUCCCACCAGGACUUCACUGUAAAAACAGCAUGGUCCAGCAAAAGCCUACAGCAUAUGUCAGGCCUAUGGACGGUCAGGACCAGGUGCCCAAUGACUCACCUGAACUGAAACCUCCAAUAGAAAUUGAGAGUGGAUAUGGAAAUCAGUCCUUUGGAACACUGCUGGAAGGAAAAGUGAACACACCUAGUUCAAAGAACAAAGUACCAAAGCUCAACAUUCCUCCUGUUACUGAAGUUACCCUUCCCAAUGACUCCAGCUGUGUGGAAGAAAUAUUACGGGAGAUGACCCAUUCCUGGCCUCCUCCUCUUACUGCUAUUCACACUCCUGGCAAGGCUGAGCAGACCAAGUUCUCUAUCCCAAGCAAGGACUCCCAACAUCUGACCUCAGGAUACAAUGUACAAAAGUGGAGUGAUCCAGCAGGGAAAGUUGCAACUAAGUCAGUGCCACAAAAGUCAAUGCUUGAGGAUGAUCUGAAACUCAGCAGUGAUGAAGAUGACAAUGAACAGGCUGCUGAAAAGACAAAAUUGAGAAACAUUCCUGUAAACAGCCUGCCAGUGCCGGCAGCACACACUACCGGCUUGGCCCAUUCCAGUGGUGGCUCCGGGAGCUCCAGUGAAUCCGAGAGCAGCUCUGAGUCCGACUCCGACAGCGAGAGCAGCUCCAGUGACAGCGAGUGCAACGAGGAGUCGCGCAGUGCCACGCCAGAGCCUGAACCUCCCUCAACAAACAAAUGGCAGCUGGAUAAAUGGCUAAAUAAAGUGAACCCCCACAACAAGACCAUCAUCAACAAUCAAAAUGAGCCUCACAGCGAGACCAGCUCCCAGGCCCAGAGCAACCAGCAGGCCGAAGGGCCAAACAAAGGGAAGCUCAACAGCAGCCUGCCCCCGACCGAUUCCAAAGACCGGGCGAUCCUUAGUCCCAUCCGAGAGAAAGCCAAACCACGGGUUGCCCAGAAAACCCCAGAUGCAAAAAGCUCCAAGCAGAAGUCACCAGCUCAUAAUGAGCCAACGUCACAAAGGACUACUGGGAAAAAGCAACCCAAAAAGGUAGAAAGGACUUCCAGUGUAGAAGAGUAUAACUGGCCCAAACCAAAUAAUACCAGCAACACUCCCAAAGAAAAAGACACACAGGAACCCCCCGAGCAGCCAAAGGUUCGAACUAAAGCAGCAGUUGGGAAGACCGCUCCAAGGAAAGAACCACGAACUAGCACAGGUCUCACUUCAGAGAAGAAAAAGUACAGAGGCCCCAGCAAAAUUGUUCCUAAGUCCCGGGAAUUCAUUGAGACAGAUUCAUCUACUUCUGACUCAAAUACAGACCAGGAGGAGAAUUUGCAGGCUAAGGUAUUGCCAGCUUGCACCGGGUCUGGCAAUGGCGUCAAAGUGAAGGACUCUGGCAGUAACAUCCUCAGCGUAAGUAGUUUAACUAGCAAUGGCAGCAACGCAUCCAUUGACCAGACCAGCAAUGACUUAGAGGAGCAGCUCUUUUCUCCUAUCCCAAUCGUACAAAAUGAACUUCUGUCCCCACUGAGAGAAUAUGAAGAAUUCAAAUCUCUGUGGGUGAAAAUAGACCUUAGUUUACUCUCUAGGAUACCUGGACAAGAGCCUUUUGAGAACACAUCUGUGAAAAGUGAACCAAGAGAGGCAAAUGUGAAACACAGGCGACCAUCUCGAGAGUCCCCUACCCCAGCAGCUGAAAAACCAUCCACAAAAUCCAAAAGGAAACACAAGCAGACGGAAAGCCUGGAUACCUUUGUUGAAAACAAGAAGCAGCGCCUGGAGGACCCUUCAGCUUCAUGCCUGCUCCCACCCUGUAUCUCUCCGAUACCGAAUCACAGAUUAACCAGCACUAAAGAGAGCAGCGGUAGCUCAGUGAAGAAGGUGGCAAAGAAAAGAGAAGAGAAGCUGUUCCCUCCUCCGUUAUCCCCCCUCUUGGACGAGCCUGUGCACCGGCGGCACAGCAGUGACAACAGCUCCUUCAGCCAAGAGACCAACAUCACAAACACCUCCCAGACCAGCAGCUCUUCCUCCUCUGUUUCUAAACACAGAAAGAAUGAAAAUAAAUCCUCUUCUAACCCCAAAGGAAUCUGUGAGGAAGAAUCUCACAAUACACCAACAGCCAACACUCUUCUUGACACCAGCCAUCUAGAAACAGACAUCUGGUCUGCGAUGCCAACACUUUCCAAUGGGAAUUCUGAGCCCAGAAGACCCAAAAUAACAUUUGAUGAUGUGCUUCACAAUGCGGAUUAUUACAUGCAAGAGGCUAAGAAGCUAAAGCAUAAAGCAGAUGCGUUGCUGGAGAAGUUCGGCAAAGCAGUGAAUUAUGCUGAUGCUGCCCUCUCCUUCAUCGAGUGCGGGAACGCUAUGGAGCGAGAUCCAUUAGAAGCUAAAUCUCCAUACACCAUGUACUCAGAGACUGUGGAACUCAUCAGGUAUGCAAUGAGACUCAAGAAUUUCACAGGCUCUUCUGCCACAGAAGGGGACAAGAAAUUAGCAGUUUUAUGCUACCGAUGCUUAUCACUUCUCUACUUGAGAAUGUUUAAACUAAAGAAGGACCAUGCUAUGAAGUACUCCAGAUCUCUGAUGGAAUAUUUUAAGAAUUCUUCAAAAGCCUCACAGGCCCCCUCACCUUGGGGCGGCAAUGGAAAGAGCACAGAAACGCCAUCGCCCAUGUCCCUGAGUCCAUCCCCUGUCAGCUCUGCUGGAAGCAGCACCAGCACCGCUGGCUCCUCCUUGGCGGGGACCAUCACCAUCCCUCAGCGCAUCCACCACAUGGCUGCCAGCCACGUCAACAUCACCAACAAUGUCCUGCGGAGCUACGAGCACUGGGACAUGGCUGACAAGCUGACUAAGGAGAACAAAGAAUUCUUUGUAGACCUGGACUCAGUGAUGGGACCCUUAACACAACACAGCAGUAUGACCAAUCUGGUUCGUUACGUUCGCCAAGGACUCCACUGGCUCCGUAUUGAGGCUCAUUUGUUGUAGUGACUGCUGCCCUGUUCAUAACAUCCCCAUUCUUCUACCUCUACCAGCGCAGAGACGAUCACUGGUGGAACUCCACUCAUUUCUGGAAGUUUAUUCAUGUAACUUCAUUUUUAUUGCCUUUUUUAAUAUCCUAUCUAUUGGAAGUAGAAGUCACCAUAAAUGGAACUUAUGACUCAAAAGCAGUAUGUGUUGUACCAUCUAAUCAUUUUUGACAAUUUUUUAUGCCUUGUGUCUCCUGGAUCCUGCCAUCCUUAUGUGCUUUAUGGAACGGUACAUUCCCUGCAGUAUUGUUUUAAGUCCAUGCUGCCUU